AAGCAUAAAAAAUAUAGGUACCAAAUCGUAAUUUGCCAUUUGGAUCCAUGGAUUGAUCAAUGAAUCCACCAGUCCAAUUGGAUUUGGAUAAAAUGGAUUGGAUUUAAAUGGAUUGGAUUAGGUGGAUAAUUUGGUGGAUGAAUUGGAUUGGAUUCAUGGAUUUGGAUCCUAAUUGCCACCUCUACUGCUGGCCAAGUUCUUCCGGCAACGCCGAAUCCGAGAGGUGAGGGAAGAGAAAGCGUUUCCCAGCUCCGUAGCUCUCCGAAUCCUUUCCUUUCCUUCACGAGGGAUUGGGAUUUGCAAUUUCGCAUAUAGAUCUUUCUUCUUCCCAUCCUAUGAAAGCUUCUCCUCGAGACAACUAAGCUCCGGCCACAGCCGCGGCCAUGGACAACGGAAAGAAGCUUGUCUUCCGAACGAAAGCGGAGAGGGAGAAGUUUCGCCAACAGGAAAACGAGAUGCAGAAGAACCGCCAGGAACAGCUUCUCGCCCAUGCGAACAACCUGAAGCUCGUCUCUGCCGACUCCGACCGCCGCGAUCGAGAUCGAGACAGAGACCGCGAAAGAGAUCGAGACCAAGACGGCGAUCGAGAGCGGUAUGUGGACAGAGACAUGGAAAGAGAAAGGGAGCGCCCGAGGGAUAGGAGAACCUAAGAAUUUUCUAAUAAUUUAUAGUUUGCAUCCCAAUAUUUAAUGGAUGUUAAAAGUAAUUUGCAUGCCGAUAUCCAAUAUCUAAUGGAUAUUGCACAACACAAUAGUAGUCAAAACUAUUCUUUAUUCUCUACCUUUUGAAAUAUAUGGUCAGACUGUAGUGCAGUUCGAAAAUAUGAUAAAUAUUCGAUACUAUAAGAAACAAAAAAAUAUUCA